AUGCCUGACCAAAAGCAGCUAAAAAAUGUUAAUUAUUCAGAAAGAAUCUUGUCAAGCUUUCAAGAUUUUAAAAAUGAUAACGUAUUAUCAGAUAUUAUACUCAUUGCCGGUCAAAGUCAAUAUCACUGUCAUAAAGUAAUUUUAGCUGCUAGUAGUCCCUAUUUCAAGGCCAUGUUUACCUCAGCUCUGAAGGAAAGUCGUGACAAUGCUGUCGAGUUCACUGAAAUGUCAGGCCAUAUACUAGAUGAAAUUGUAAAUUAUGUGUAUUCAGGUAUUGCUGAGGUAAAUCGUGAUAAUGCUCAAGAAUUGCUUACAGCUGCUCAUUUACUUCAGUUCAACGAAAUUGUGGAAGCUUGUUGUGAUUUCCUUCGAGCUCAUCUUCAUCCAAGUAACUGUCUUGGCAUUGAAUGGUUGUCUAGACUCCAUUCACUACCUAAACUGGAAGCUGAAGCACAGAAUUAUGCUAUUGAAAAUUUUGACAGGGUAUUAGAUUAUGAUGAAUUUUUAAAAUUACCUGACGAUCGACUACAAUGGUAUCUUCAGCUUUCAGAAAUUGAUCUUUACACAAAUUUAGAAGUUUCAGACAAUGUGCCACCUUGUGAAAUUAACCCCAGGCCUUCCACACUUGCAAAAGAUGUCAUAGUUUUACUUGGAAAUGAUCCUGAAACAGGAUUGGGAAUGAUGUAUGCAUUUGAACCUCUCAGAGAAAGAUGGUCUGCCUUAAGUGAUGCUAAAGGACUUCCAUGUGUUUUAGAUGGUGUUGCUAUAACAACUGUUGGAAACAAUAUUUUCAUAACUGGAGGCAUAAGAGACGAAGAAAUUGUUUCAGAAGUAUGGUGUUUUUCUUCAAAAGAUCGUAAAUGGAUCUCCUUGCCUAAUCUAAAGAAACCAAGAGCCCUACAUAGUUGUGCCUCCCACAACAACCAGAUUUUUGUAAUAAGUGGAACUGACAACAUAGCAUCAAUGGUUAAACAGAGUGUACCACAUGAGACAAUUGAAAGAUUAGACUUGAAAGAUACUGUCUCAAACGGUAACUCCGUUAAACUUGAUGGCUAUGAUUUGGCAAAACUUGAAUGGGAGGAAAUAGCCAAAAUAUCAUAUCCCAGAAUCAAAUCCAUGACUAUUUGCUAUAAAGAAACAUUGAUUGAAGUAGGAGGAUAUCAAUUUUCCAUUCCAGUAAAGAAGUUGGAGGUGUACAACUGUUCAUUCAAAAAUCCAGGAGGUGCUAACAAAAAAUCACCAACAUUAAGCAAGAAGCUCUCCCAAUCUUUAUCUUUUUAUGGUGCAGAACAAUACAUUUUGCCUGAGCCCAUUGAACACGGAAGAAUGGUUUCAGUGAAUGAUGAUCUGUACAUUUUAUGGCAAGAUGCUAAAAAAUUCAUCUCAUUGAACCCUGAGAAAAAAAACUUCCAAAACCUGGCUAGGCCAUGUUCACAUAGUACUAACAGUUCAUUAGUGGUCAUAGGAAACAGGAUAUACCUAAUAGGCUGCCAUGUGGACACAGGUCGUGAAGAUUUCCUAAGCAUUGAAUACUUUGAUGUUGAAAGCUGUGACUGGUGCCAAACCGCAUCGAUCAGGAGAGCGUUAAGGAACAUACAAUGUGCCGUGGUUAAAAUGAGGUGCACAUACGAUUAA